CCCACCAGCAAAAUCGCAAAGAACCCAGCAGCUCCAGUGACCAGAGAGCUACCAGCCUCCUUGCCGGGCAACGCAGCAGCGCUAGCUACCUAGAGCGGAUCAACGCCCGAGCCAGCACCCGCACGCCCGGCGAUCAGAUCACCGAUCACCAUGGGCUCCCUCGGCGGCGCCGCGCAGGGCAGCAGCAAGCCGCACGCCGUGUGCCUGCCGUACCCGGCGCAGGGCCACAUCACCCCGAUGCUCAACGUGGCCAAGCUGCUCCACGCCCGGGGCUUCCACGUCACCUUCGUCAACACCGAGUACAACCACGCCCGCCUCGUCCGGACCCGCGGCGCCGCCGCCGUGGCCGGCGUCCCGGGCUUCCGCUUCGCCACCAUCCCGGACGGCCUGCCCCCCUCGGAGGACGACGACGUCACGCAGGACAUCCCCUCGCUCUGCAGGUCCACCACCGAGACCUGCCUCGGCCCCUUCCGCCGCCUCCUUGCGGAGCUCAACGACGACUCCGCGGCCACGGGCCACCCGCUCGUCACCUGCGUCGUCUCCGACGUCGUCAUGGGCUUCUCCAUCGACGCCGCCAAGGAGCUCGGACUACCCUACGUCCAGCUCUGGACCGCGAGCACCAUCAGCUUCCUCGCCUACCAGCACUACCGCCUCCUCAUGAGCCGGGGCCUCGCCCCACUCAAAGAUGCCGAGCAGCUGACGAACGGAUUCCUCGACACGCCGGUGGACGACGUGCCGGGGCUGCGGAGCAUGAGGUUCCGGGACUUCCCGAGCUUCAUCCGCACGACGGACCUGGACGAGUUCAUGGUGCGCUACGUCCUCAAGGAGACGGGGCGCUCGGCGGGCGCGUCGGCGGUGAUCGUCAACACCUUCGACGAGCUCGAGGGCGAGGCGGUGGCGGCCAUGGAGUCGCUGGGCCUGGCGCGCAAGGUCUACACGCUGGGCCCGCUCCCGCUGCUGGCGCGCGAGGACCCGCCCACCCCGCGCUCCUCCAUCAGCCUCAGCCUCUGGAAGGAGCAGGCGGAGUGCCUGCGGUGGCUCGACGGCAGGGAGCCCGGCGCCGUCGUCUACGUCAACUUCGGCAGCAUCACCGUCAUGACCAACGAGCAGCUGGUGGAGUUCGCGUGGGGGCUGGCCAACAGCGGCCGCCAGUUCCUGUGGAUCAUCCGGCGCGACCUCGUCAAGGGCGACAGCGCCGUGCUGCCCCCGGAGUUCCUCGCCGCCACGGCCGACCGCGGGCUCAUGGCGAGCUGGUGCCCGCAGCAGGAGGUGCUGGACCACCCGUCCGUCGGCGCGUUCCUGACGCACAGCGGCUGGAACUCCACCCUGGAGGCCAUGUGCGGCGGCGUCCCCGUCAUCAGCUGGCCCUUCUUCGCCGACCAGCAGACCAACUGCCGGUACCAAUGCAACGUGUGGGGCGUGGGCAUGGAGAUCGACGCCAACGUCCGCCGCGACGCCGUGGCGGGCCUCAUCACUGAGCUCAUGGAGGGGGAGCAGGGGAAGGAGAUGAGGAGGAAGACCGGGGAAUGGAGGGACAAGGCGAUCGAGGCGGCCAAGCCCGGGGGGGCGUCGCACCGCAACUUCGACGAGCUGGUCCGCGACGUGCUCCUGCCCAAGAACUAGGCAGCAGGUUUCCCACAUCUUUCUACUGUGUUCCUGUCAGGGUCUUGUAAUUUUGAUCGUUUGGUUCAAGGUGACAGACAAAUCACUAUACGUCAGUGUGGUUGUGUAAACCAAUAAUGUACAAGCCUUCCAUUUUGUAACUAGUAUAUUGCUGAAUUGUUCGCUUGGUCCGAUGUAUCUGCAUGCACUGAAUCGGACUGAAAAACACAGCUACCGGAUGGUGCCAA